UGCAACACGUCCCUCAGACUCACCGGGGCUGAAGCUGAAGCUGCGCGCUCCCGAAGAUUCCAGCAUCCAGAGUCCUUUCUCAGCUACAGUAUGGAUCAUGAUGCCUUUUAUCGCCUGAUAAACUUCUCUUCGUUUUGUUUUGUCGCUUUACUCAUCACGUUCGCGUCAUCUCGCAAUUUAAUAUCCGUGGGAAUUGGUAAUCUGACACAUCAACUCGGUUUUUUGUAGUUAUGCUUGUCAGUUUGACUCUCGCGCAUCUGCGCUCAAUAAACUGACGCUUUUAUUCAGUUGCACUGAAGUUCAGCAUCACCAAAAAGCGCAGAGAGAUUUCCAUCACCGUCUAAACACUCAGCUGGAGCAGAACCAGUGUCAUGGGGCCCUUACUCUGGGAAGGGCGCCUGUCAUGUUUUCUUCUCCAUGCUUCUGUUCUCCUGCUGCUCAGCAAGGGGGAGCGGAUGUGCCCUGUGAAUUGCCGGUGCGAAGGCAAGAUUGUUUACUGCGAGUCUGGAGCCUUUCAAGACGUCCCAGAGAACAUCUCUCUAGGGUGCCAGGGUCUAUCCCUGCGGUACAACAGCCUCUUGUUGUUGCUACCUUACCAGUUUGCUCACCUCAACCAGCUGGUCUGGCUCUACCUGGACCACAAUUCCAUCAGUGUAGUGGAUAGACUGGCUUUCCAGGGGCUUCGCAGGCUAAAGGAACUAAUCCUAAGCUCUAACAAGAUCGCGCAGUUGCAUAACGGCACCUUUGAGACUGUCCCAAACCUGCGCAACCUUGACCUGUCCUACAACCAGCUGCAGGACUUGAUGCCAGGGCAUUUUCAUGGACUACGCAAGCUUCAGAAUCUUCACCUUCGAUCAAACAACAUUAAAAGCAUCCCUGUUCGUACUUUUAUGGAAUGUCGAAGCCUGGAGUUUCUAGAUUUGGGUUACAAUCGCCUACGGACUAUAACUCGUACGACAUUUCUGGGACUGCUCAGGCUGACAGAACUUCAUCUUGAACACAAUCAAUUUUCCAGGAUUAACUUUUUCCUAUUUCCACGCCUCUUGAAUCUGCAGUCUCUUUAUCUGCAAUGGAAUCGCAUACGGUCAGUUGUCCAAGGUUCGCCUUGGACUUGGCACACUUUACAGAAAUUGGAUCUAUCAGGCAACGAAAUUCAAGUUUUGGAUCCGGCUAUUUUUAGGUGUCUGCCCAACUUGCAUACACUCAAUCUGGAGUCUAACAAGAUAAGCAACGUGUCCCAGGAGGUUGUUUCAUCGUGGAUCUCCAUUAGCACUAUCAACCUGGCAGGAAACAUAUGGGACUGUAGCUCUAGUAUCUGCCCUCUGGUGUCUUGGCUGAGAAACUUCAGGGGGACUCGAGAUGCCAGUAUUAUUUGCAGCACUCCAAAAUCCCUUCAGGGAGAAAGAGUCAUGGACGCAGUGAGGAACAACUCUGUGUGUGAGGAGAUAUUCACUGUGGAACCGACCACGGAAUUAACACUUCUUUUGACUACAACUACAACAACUCUUUAUGUAACAAAACCACCCACAACCACCACUACAACCCCACGCACCACAACUAGACAGGUUUCUCAAGUUACCCACGUACAAAGAGUCACCCCAAAGGUUUUGUUCCCUAUUCAGUCCAACAACGAAUUUCUACCACCCCUUUUGGUAACACCUAGCAGCCUACCCUUCACCCCCGAACCUGAGUUUGAGCAUAUGACCUUCCACAAGAUCAUCGCUGGCAGUGUUGCCCUAUUUCUCUCGGUGUCUUUAAUCCUAUUAGUGAUUUAUGUGUCGUGGCGACGAUACCCUAACAGCAUGAGGCAACUCCAGCAGCACUCCAUUCGACGCAAGCGCAGGAAAAAGACCCAAGAGCCUGAGCACAACAUCAACUCUCAACUUCAAGAGUAUUACCUAAGCUACAACCAUGCCAAUGCAGAGACCAUGGAUUCUUUGGUCAACGGGGCGUGCACCUGCACCAUCUCGGGCUCCAGAGAGUGCGAGGUAUGACCUACCGCUAAAAAAACGCAUUCUCUGCACCAGGGAGUCAGAGAAUGCAUACACGUAUCCCAGACCACUGCCAGGGGCCUGGAUGGGAGACAUAUCCACAAUUCACUGAGGGGCCCACGAGAAAAUGCACCACUGCCCAUUUUGAUUUGCAACGGCUCAGAUAAAGCCUUUCCUGAAUUUUCCAACACAAAAGGAGAAAGAAUUAGGCUGAAUGGGCAGCACACAUCCUCAACCCCUCGUUUUGGACUCUUUUAAAUGUUGAGCAAGCGGAUACAGCAUCAAUUUGACACCCCCUCCCCACCCCCACCCCCACCCCCGUCCUCGAGUCGAACCGGUUUGGUUUUUACUUCAACCAAUAAUAAACGUCUCCCACAAUGGGGCUUGCGAGCACGCAAGGCAAAUUCAUCCGUAAUGAACCAGCAAAAUGUUUCUCAACGCUGCCAUUGUUGCUGUAUGAUAGCUACUACCUGCUCUCUCCAAGGAAUCAACGCCCACUGUCCUGUUCAUCCCUUUGUGUUGUGUAGUGAUGUGUCAAACUAUUCAUGCCGAACCAUCUGAAACGUCUCUCGUGAUCAGUGGACAGUAAUUGCUCAGUUGAGCACAACCCACGAGAAUGUUUCUGAGGACUACAUAACAACAGAAGAUAUUUUUGACUGCUGUGAAAACAUCAUGAAGAAAAGCCGGUUUGCGAGGACUGUAACCUUACCACGAGUUCCCACUGUGUUUUGAUUUCAACCCUGGGUGAACUUGGACACACCACGGGAGAGUUGAAUUGUGGGUAUCGUAUAUGUGUGUCGUGAAUUAGCUUUUUUGUUCUCCGUUUAAAGUUGGAAUUUCCACUUUCCCUGGAUUUUUAGCAGUCCUUUCUCUUUGUUCAGACAGAAAAGUUAUCUGAUUACUUUUUUUAUGAGCAACAUAUCAUCCGAAUGUGAUGACUCAAAGAUAG